AUGCUAUUAGCUAUGAUCGAUCAUUCAGUCGAUCGAAGAAACACUCACGAUUAUGACCGUGUCUUCGUGACCGACUCCAGCCACUCGACGAGUCGGAUAGAUUCUCCACAGUUUGCACUCCCACGCGUCUUCCAUUUUGCUCCAGUGCUAGUCUUUGUGUUUCGGAAGAGUCGAGGUGAGACGCCCCGGAAGCAUAUCGCUGUCCAUCACCAUAGAAGAAUGAGCAAAAGAUUGCAAUUCAGAAUCUGUCCUGUCCACUCUGGGUCUCAGUCGAAGGAGAGCAUAGCUGUGGUGUCCAGGGAGAUACCGAGAGGUCGAAUGACUGCUUCACGAUCGUCUUCAGCGGGAUUGAUUGCAGGCAAUCUUUGGAUAAGGAUAGUGCUUGUACGAGAAGACACCAUACUUUCCACCGUUUCGCUCACGUCCGUUGCAUCAUCACCGAGAGAGGCGCAUUCUAGGAAGCCAUUCAGUCUCCAAGACCUUGCGGGUUUCCGUACGUCAGCGAUUGUAUCUUACCUGUAUGCCAGACGCCACCUGCCUGCUAUUAUUUGCUUAUUGAUAGUCUACAAUCAAGCUUUAACAAAAGCGCACCUUUUUCCAGCGGCGGUGAGGACUGUCGCUCUAGACGAGGGUGAGCAGGCGGUGUAUUGUAUUUGCAGAGGGCGGCUGAAGUCUGGCGAAAGUGGGAGUAGUAGCUGGCGUCUGGCGGACUUGAAGCGGUGUCUUGUUGAUAGGUCCUGCCGUACUACAGUACCACACUGUAACUUUUAUGACCAUCGCCCCUAA